UAGUGGAAAGAAUUUAGUAGAAGUGAGUUGCGAAGUGAAAAAUACCAUUGUGACUGCAGUAACCACUCUUUGAUUCCGUUCCAGAAGAAACCGGCUUCGCUAAAUCUCGAUGGCAUACGCGAAGCCCGAAAAGGCACGAACCGUCCGUGGCUCGGGUGCCCGCUCGCAGGAAUGGCCCUCGCGACAGCCUCCGCAGCACGCCGGCUCACUUCCGUUCGGUGCCUCGAACUUGUCUCUCCCGUAGGUGUCGAAGACCAGGUCUUCGGGGGACGGCUUCUCCGCCAGUUCGCGUUUGCGGUUCCGGUAAAAGUCCUUGAGCUUGAUGUCCCUGAUCACCGUAUCGAAGAGCAGCUCGAAGGGGUCGUCCCCCUCCUUCAGGGCCUUUGGACGGUGGUCCGAGUUGGCGACGAGGCGUGCGCAGAACCGGACCCAGGCCGCGAGCUUUGUGAAGCUGCCGGUACAAGAGUGCUGGCGGAACUCGAUCGUGUUGAUCCGCUGGAUACGGAGGUUUUCCAGGUUAAGCUUGUAGUACCGGCGCUCGUUUUGGUCGUCGGGCGGGUUGACCAGGUCGCAGAGGUCCUCGAGCGUCUUGCAGUCGACGAUGGCCUUGUGCUUGGCCCCGUUCCCAAGGAAGGGGAGGAUCACGUUCUUGUUGCUCUUGCAGUACCUCCCCGCAAGUCUCUCGUCCUUCCGGGACGGGGGCAUGAACGUGUUGAUUUCGUCCUCGUACUUCACAAAAUUGAGGCAGACAUUCUUGAGGUCCUCCAGGUCAAGAUUUCCAACGCCGAUGUGGACGUGCAGGCCCAUGGAGGAGUUGAGAGAGAUCGUCCCAACCUGCUUUAUCGCUUCCAGGACCCGCUGGCACUCGGUCAGUCCCUCCUCGCCGAAGAGGACCCGCGAGACAAGCUCGAACUUGUUGCAGUUUGGGUUUUCCCGCGAGCACAGAAUGCUCGAAUCCGGGACCAGCUUCCAGGAGGAGUGGUGUUUCUUGCCAUUCCUAUAGCUGUCGGUGUUGUCAACGACGGUGAUCCCAGUGUGUUGGAGGAUGCCGUUCACCACUUCGGUCCGCGUCGUAAACCCAUCUAGAGACAUUUCUAUCUCCACCCCGAAGGUGACGCUUUCCGGGAAAGGGUGGAAGUUAGGCCGAGUCGCCCGUAAUUCGAGUAAUUUCAGAGACCGCCCCCGAAAUUUCUUGUUUGGCUUGACGCUCAAGCCUCGAUACCUUUUUGAACCGCCACGACCAACGACCUUAAUCGAGACGUUUCGGCAAAAAUCCUGAACCUCCGACCGCUUCAGGAAAAAGCGGUACACCUUGGAUCCGUCGCUGAGGGUGACGGGCCUCCUUCCGUACACAUUGUGGGUCUCUCUGGACGGAUGAAACCGGAUCCCAACGUAGUCGACGAGGUCUGGGUCCCCGGAGAUGACGUCCACAAAGACGCUUUGGUUGUCCUCUGUCCCGACCUCGAAAAAGCACACCUUGCCGCGAUCGGACGGUUUGAUGCGAGGUUGAAGUCUGCAGGAAUCCCGAUGUGGAAAUAGGAGUUCGCGCCUGCGGCGUGACCGGCCGCGGCUGCUGCGAUGACUGUUGGCUCUACCCAUGGUGAAAUGCGUCGAUAAUGAAAGUUUUCGGCAGAU